AUGGAAGCGGAAGAGGUGAACUUCCAGCCGAUGGAGCUGGGCUCUCCUGAGACAGAGCACAGCCACACUUGUGAUACCCAUAAAAAAAAAAAUAACCGAAAGAGAAAGAUAAAAGUGAGCAAUUCAAACUUUGUUAAUCUACGAGAUUGGACAUGCAAAGUGCAAAAGAGGUAUGAGCAGAAGCUAAGGACCUCAGAACAGUUAACGAAUCUGGAAGGGAAAAGUACUUUCAUCAAUGGAGAACCCGACACGAACUAUCUGUCUUCCUAUUCUUCCUCCUCCUUCAAAUCAAGAUCUAGCUUAGGUAACAAUAUUAAUUUUUCUUCUGAUGAAUCCAAUUACGAUUCUGAUAUAGAACAAAGGAUCUGCAGAUUUUUGAAAUUAGGAAAUAGCGAAACGGGAAGGAAGAGAAAAAAGAAGACAAAGGAAAAUGCACUUGACAAUGCGCUUAACAGUGAAUGCGCAAAUAACGGUGCAGAUGGAAAUGUGGUGGACAAUACGAUUGACGAAGUUGUUGACGAAGUUGUUGACGAAGUGGUUGACGAAGUGGUUGGGGGUGUCGGCAUGUACCCUGGUGAACAUACCGAUGUGAUUACAGAGGAGCCUGCAGAUAGUUUGGUCGAUAUGGGAGGCAUUUCCCGAUCAAUGCACGAAGCGACGCUUAACACGUUAGAGGGAACCAUCGAUAUGGCAGGCGUCACCCUCGAUGAAGACCCGUCUAUCACCCCCAUCAGUAAACACACACAUAAGGAAAAACGGGAGGCAGGCGAUGUGCACGAAGGGGAGAAGGGGCCAGUGCACACGGACAAUCAACAAGUGAGUGACAACACAGUAAAUAUGAAAAAGGAUCAUCCUGAUAGGUACCAAAAAGAAAGUAAUAGUGACGAGAAAAUGUUGAAUGAGCUUAAUGAGUGCGUUUCCUUCAAGGGGGAUGGCACAGGAGAGAAUGGAUCCCAAGGUGAAAACAUUUCUACGUGUAAUAAUGCAAAGGAGGAAGGUGUUGAAGGAUCGUUUAAGGGAGAGCAUGGAAACACCGAGGAGGACGCCAACAUGGAAAUCUUCGUGGAGGAAGAGGAGGAAGAAGAAGAUGAUGAUGAUGACGACGAUGGUGACGACGAUGAUGACGACGCAGAAGAAGAGGAAGAAGAAUUAUAUGAACAAGAGGAUGGUCAAACGGAUGAAGAGGAGGACGACGACGAGGACGAAGAAGAAGAGGGUGAUGAAGAUGAUGGCGAUGAGAAGGAUGUAAAGAAUGAAAAGGAUGAGAAGGAUGAAAAGGAUGAAAAGGAUAAGAAGCAUGAAAAGGAUGAGGAACCCCUAAGCGAAUCGACACGCAAACCCGCAAAGGAAUCCCCCAACGAAAAGGAUUCGCGGGCCAGUCUCGAGUCGAAGAGAGAAAGACAACUCAAGGAAGGGACGAAGCAAAAUCGACAAAAAGGUGACAUCAAGGAGGAACGCUCGCCGAGGAAGAUACAAGAGAAUCAUCAGAACCACAGAAAAGAAAAUCCAUACAGACCUAGAGUUGAUAGGGGAAGAAGAAACAACUAUUCAAAUGAAAGGGAGAACCAAAAUAGAGGAAACGUCGAUAAAAAUGGUUCUGAUAGUUAUCACAGAAGAAAUCCGAAAGAAAAGGAGUUCAACAGAUCGAAGAAAUCCAUCAGCCAUAGUCGAGAAGGACCAGAAAAAAGAGGAGGAGGGCCAAGUUCACGUGAGAGGGAGCAGCAACCCCCUUCACAGAUACACAAAGAUUCUAAUGCUAAUCAGCGGUGGACGAAGCAAUGUGAUGAAAGAAAUAAAAAAGACAAUAGACACCCCAGUGGAAGGAAAAACAUCCAAAAUGGAGAACACCUGCGUGCGGAUAGAGAAAGGGAUAACAGGAACAAGGAGGAAGGAGAAAAACUGGAGAAGAGAAACAGACCAGGAGAAGCGGAACGGGAAGGUGAUUUUGAAAGGGCAAAGAGGAGGAACAUGGAAAGGGACAGAAGUAGAGAAAGGGAUCGUCCAAGGGAGGCUGAGAGGGAUCGUCCAAGAGAGGCAGAGAGGGAUCGUCCAAGGGAGGCUGAGAGGGAUCGUCCAAGGGAGGCUGAGAGGGAUCGUCCAAGGGAGGCUGAGAGGGAUCGUCCAAGGGAGGCAGAGAGGGAUCGACAAAGAGAAGCAGAGAGGGAUCGACAAAGAGAAGCAGAGAGGGAUCGUCCAAGGGAGGCAGAGAGAGAUCGACAAAGAGAAGCAGAGAGAGAUCGACAAAGAGAGGCAGAAAGAGACCGACAAAGAGAAGCAGAGAGAGAUCGACAAAGAGAGGCAGAAAGAGACCGACAAAGAGAGGCAGAAAGAGACCGACAGAGAGAGGCAGAGAGGGAUAGACAAACUUUAAGGGAACGAGACAGGGAACGAGACAGGGAACGAGACAGGGAACGAGACAGGGAUCGAGAAAGAGACCGAAACAGAGAGGCAGAGCGAGAAAGGGAAAGGGAAAGGGAAAGAGACCGAAAUAGGGAUGCGGAAAGGGAAAGAAAUAGAGACGCUGAGCGGGAGCGUGAUCGCAACAGAGAGGCUGAGUGGGACCGGCACAGAGAGAGACAUUUUGAAAACGGCAAGAACGUGCCGAGAAUUCCCAAGGGUGGGAACUCAUCACACGACAUUUUAAAAAAAAAACUUAAUGGAGUGGACCCAAACCUAAGUAGGAAGAGGCCCUACUCAAACGAAAACCAAGGCAAUGGGAAUCACGCGUCGAAGAAAAUCCAUGACGACAGCGACCAACACGUACACACGGAGAGAGAUCGUUACGUGUACAACGAAGCCGACACUCCCUCGAGGAAGUGUUCUGCUCAAAAAAAUAAAACCAACGAUAGCGAUAACUGGGAGAAGAAAAUGUCAAAGUUGAAGGAAAAGUUAAUCAGAAAAAAUUUGAACAAGUGA